GUUGAAGAGGCAUCGAGUCAAUACUCAAUACCCCGCCAACUCACAGAAGACCCAUCUUUAUAGCAGUGGUAUGCUUUAAGCUUUUUGAACUAAGAACAAACAAAACUCGUGUAUUUUCCCUUUAUUGUAUCCUAAUCUUACUGGAUUCUCCAUUAAGGUUCUCUGCCUGAUUCCCUUCUCUAUCAAGCCUUAGCCCUAAACGAAGCCCACCCCUUUCUCUCUCCAUUUCAACCUUUCUAACCACCAACCCGUCAAAGCACCGUUAGCUGUGUACCUUGCAUUGAAAUCCUAGUUAUGGCUUCUGGGGUUCUCUUGAAGCUGCUUCUUUGUGAUUAUGAGGGCUUGUGGGUCGAUAAUAGAAAUGCUAAUUCAGCUAAAGAAAUCAAGAUUUUUGCGAAGCUAGGACCUUCCUUUGUGGUUCCUGAAAAGGAAAGAUUGAUUGGGCAAAAAAUCAUUUUUUUGUACCUCAACGUGGUUCACUAGCAAUGUUUUGCUGAGACUAACAUUCAGGGCUUGUUAUUAAUGGCGGACCUUAAAGAACGCCUGCUCCCUCCAAAACCAGCAUCAGCUAUAAACCUUAGAGAUUCAUCUUAUCGACCAUCUGCCUCUGGACGCCAACCUUUCCAAGGUGUUGAUGUUCUGGGUUUGAAAAAGCGUGGCCAAGGCCUUCGAUCAUGGAUUCGUGUUGAUUCAUCUGGAAAUUCUCAAAUUAUUGAGGUUGACAAGUUCACUAUGAUGCGUCGCUGUGAUCUACCUGCUCGUGAUUUACGCCUGCUCGAUCCUCUUUUUGUUUACCCCUCAACAAUCCUUGGUAGAGAGAAGGCUAUAGUUGUAAACUUGGAGCAGAUUCGGUGUAUUAUUACAGCUGAUGAGGUUCUACUCCUAAAUUCCCUUGACAGCUAUGUGCUGCAGUAUGUGGUGGAGCUACAAAGGCGAUUGAUAACACCAGGGGUGGGUGAGGUAUGGCAGUCAGAAGGUGCUGAAUUGAAUCGAAGGAGAAGUAGGAAUUUUGAUAAUGUAUUUGGGAAUGCAUCCCCCGAUUAUUUGCCCUUUGAGUUUAGGGCUCUUGAAGUUGCUCUGGAAGCCGCUUGUACAUUCCUUGAUUCUCAGGCAGCAGAAUUAGAAAUUGAAGCAUACCCAUUACUAGAUGAACUGACAUCCAAGAUUAGUACGUUAAACUUGGAGCGUGUACGGCGAUUAAAAAGCAGACUUGUUGCCUUGACUCGGAGGGUUCAGAAGGUAAGGGAUGAGAUUGAGCAGCUCAUGGAUGAUGAUGGAGAUAUGGCUGAAAUGUAUCUCACUGAAAAGAAAAGUCGGAUGGAAUCAUCAUUCUAUGGCGAUCAAUCUUUGAUGGGAUUUAGAUCAAAUGAUGGUGGGACAUCUAUUUCCGCUCCAGUUUCUCCUGUUUCAUCACCCCCUGAUUCACGAAAACUUGAGAAAAGCCUGAGCAUUGCAAGGAGCCGACAUGAGAGCAUGAGGAGUUCUGAAAGUGCUACUGAGAAUAUAGAAGAGCUGGAGAUGUUGCUAGAAGCUUACUUUGUUGUCAUUGAUAGCACCCUGAACAAGUUGACAUCGUUGAAGGAAUACAUUGAUGAUACAGAGGAUUUCAUCAACAUUCAGCUGGACAAUGUCCGAAAUCAACUGAUCCAAUUUGAGCUUCUACUCACAACAGCAACAUUUGUUGUCGCCAUUUUUGGAGUGGUGGCAGGUAUCUUUGGCAUGAAUUUCGCCGUACCAUUGUUUGAUGAUGCUGGUGCAUUUAAGUGGGUCCUCAUAAUUACUGGAGUUACCGGAGUCAUCAUAUUUUGUGCGUUUGUAUGGUUCUUCAAGUACAGAAGGCUUAUGCCACUAUAAACUUUUAAAACAUGUUUGGAACUCUCUUUUGAAACCAUUCCAAGGAAAUUUUAAAUGAAA